UUAGACCAGUGUGCAAGAAAGAAAAAAAAACACAAAUAAAAAAUAUGCCAAAAAUUUUACAUUUCAAAUUUGUUUUACUAAAUUAAAAAUCCUUCAAUCCAAAAUAAACUUAAAAGCUAGUCUCAAAUUGAAUUAAUUAUGGAAGAACCAAUAGUUUUAAAAAUAUUUCUUAUUGGAUUUCACCAUAAAAAAGGCUGUGUUAAAGAUAGUGAAUAUCCCAAGGAGAAUAAAUAUGACUUUGAUAUUGAAAGAUUACCUUCUUUAUGCUUACCAGAUCAAUCGCAUAAUUAUGAGUCAGAUUCAGUUUAUUUUGUAAUUCCAAAUUCUAAUGAAGAGAAAAGAAUUUUUGGUGUUUCGUGUUUUCGUCAAAUCAAGACUGACAAAUUAAUAAAUCGCAAAGAGAAUGAUGGAACAGAAUUUUCAAGAAGCUCGGUGCAAAAAUCGGUUUGUUGUUUAACAAGUAUUCCAUUAUUCGGCUACAUUGAAGUAAAACUCAACUUAUAUGUUGAUAAAAUAUUUGAACAGGCUGAUUUUUUAAAAUGUGAAGAACUUUUGAAGGAAUCGUACAUUGAAUUAAAUAGAUGUCUAUCAAUGAGAUUAGAAACAAUUGACUUAAAUGAUUUUUACAUUGGACUUUGUUUAAGAGAGCUAAUUAGUAUAUGGAAGCAUAAAAUUUUGGUUUUGUUUAAACUUCUUCUUCUUGAAAAACGUGUAUUAUGCUAUGGAACACCAGUUCGCCCAUUGUGUACUACAAUACUUUCUAUAAUUUCUUUACAUCCACACUUACUUAAUAAAGGCCUUUGGAAUUGUCCGGAUAAAAAGCAGAAAAAAUUGGAGAUAUUUCAAGAUGAUAAGAUCAAUGUGGAAGAAGAAAUAACAAAUUCAACCGAUUCUCAAAAACCUCACUUAAUGAAUCUUAGAUGCAUAAACACAAAAGAUUUUUUCGCACCCAUGCACAUAUUUAAGAAUGGAUAUUUAUGUUUGCCAUUUAUUUCACUUUCUUAUAUUGAUAUAAUUGCGGAUAAACUCAACAAUGGAUUUAUUGCAGGAGCUAGUAAUGUCCUUUUUCAACAAAAAAAGAAUUUAGUUGAUGUUAUUAUCGAUAUCCCCACGCAAACAAUUGAUUACAAUGACGCAGAACUGAAACGAUCACUUCAAUUAACAAGUCAUGAUUUGAGAUUUUUUGAACACAUAUUGAAAGGUAUAGACUCUCCAAGUGAAGAAAUGGGAGGCAUUGGAACUGAUCAGUGGAUUCGUAAUCAAUUCGAAAGUUAUUUUACUUCGAUGUUAAGAACAAACUAUGAAGUUGACAAUAAUCGAGAACUGGAAUGUUUCAAUGAAUGCUUUAUGGAAGAAUGGAGAAAAACAAAUAAUUACCAGGAUUGGCUGACAAAAAAGAUUACGUUUAUGUCCAGUAAUCUAGAAGGAAAUGAUUUUGAUAAGUUUCCUUUAGGUCAUCCAUUUUCUCGUCAACCGAUAAAUGUUUCUGAUGUUAGGAACAAAAUAGUGCAAUCUAUAAACAACACUCCUUCUGCAAGGAAAACAGUAGCUGCAGUAACGACAACUUUCUCUAAUGCUAAAUCAAGUUUUGCUUUGUGGCUUUCAAAUUUAUCUGUUAAAGAAGAAGUUUCUGAUGAUUUAAAGGACGAAUAUGAUAAAGUUGACCAAGAAAAAACUAAUCAAGUAAUCUAAUUAUAUAUGUGUCUAGAGAAAUUGUUUUUGCUUUGAUUUAAUGUACGCAAUAUACAAUGAACAUAUUUAGAUAUUCAGCUUAUAAACUGCUAAACAAAAUUUCAUUUUUUUUUUUGAAAAAUUCAAAAAAAUUGCUACAAAUGGGUUUGAAAAAAAUAUCUAUUAAAAAUGAAUAUAAGCAUUUGUGCUUUGUAAUAAAUAAAAACUCUUUUGAAUUCAUUUUAAAAAGAGUUUUUUGUAUUGUAAUUGAAAAAAACGGAUUGCAUUCUAUAAUUAUUUAAAAAAUUUAAAUCUGUUUUUUAUUAAAGCGCAUUUUCAAAAUGGCAUUUUUCCAUAGUUAUGAC